AUGUGUAUUUAAGCCUGUCCUCCUCUCUCUGUGUGUGGGCAGGUUGGAUAUAGGCACGGGGCAGUGGGUCCAGUGCAAUGACACCCCCCACAAGCUCUGUCGUUUCCCUGUAGCGGGCCUGUGUGAGGGAAGGAUCUAUCAGUUCAGGGUGCGAGCCGUCAACAAAGCUGGGGUUGGGCGACCUUCCAAGAAGACUGGAGCUGUGACCAUGGUGGACCCAUCUGAGGCUGGAAGAGUGAUGGUGAUCCAGCUGGAAAAAGGCAAGAUAGUUAUUACUAAAGACCAACUUGAAGGAGACAUCCUGAUCCCACUGCCUCCUACCGAUGCCCACAUCACUGAGGUCAGCGGGGCCUGUGUUGUCCUGGGCUGGACCGAGCCAGACCCCAGGGGGCGGGAGCCUCUGACCUACUACGUAGAAAAGUCCGUAGCCGGCAGUAACAGCUGGCAGAGGGCCAACUUGGAGAUCCCGGUGCACUCCCCUAGAUUCCCGGUUUUCGACCUCACCAAAGGAAAAUCCUACUGCUUCCGAGUGCGUGCUGUCAAUAAGUAUGGAGUGAGCGAACCGUCUCUUCCCAGUGAAGCCGUCUCACUGAGAGAAACUGUUGUGGUACCCCCUCCUCCACGUGGGGUUGUGUCCACCAGAAACACAAACACGUCCGUGGUCCUGCAGUGGAAGAGCCCAAAGGAUGUUCGGGAUGUUAUUGGCUAUUACAUUUACUGCUGUGAGGUUGGGACAGACAACUGGAUGACUGUCAACAACAAGCCAAUAACCUCCACGAGAUUUAUAGUUCACGGCCUGGUGGCUCGAAAGAAGUAUGUGUUCCGGAUAAAGUCAGUGAGUGCAGCCGGGAUCAGUGAUUACUCGGAAGAGUCGGCACCCCUCCUAGUGAAAGCUGCUAUCUCUGCCCCCUCCACUCCCUCCGGCAUUGCUCUGCUGAGCUGUGGGAAGGGUGAGAUGGUGAUUGGCUGGAGAGCUCCCAAGUGUAACGGUGAGGAUGUAAUCAAAGGCUACUUCUUGGACCAGAUGGAUGUAUCAGAGUCAGUUUGGCACGAAGUCAAUGUCAAACCCAUUGCAACACAAGUCUUCAAGGUUGGAAGCCUGAAAGAAGAUCAUGUGUACCAGUUCAGGGCUAUUGCAAUGAACUGCGUGGGAGUGGGAAAGGCUUCAGAGCCCAGCGAUCCGUUCUUGUGUAAAGAGUGGACCAUGCCUGAGCCAGGCCCCCCCUAUGGACUGCUGUACCGAGAGGUUCGGAGGAAGUCCCUGGUGCUUCUCUGGGAGCCCCCAGUCUACACAGGCCAGGGCCCAGUCACGGGAUACCUGGUAGACAUUUGUGAAGGGGGAUCAGACAAAUGGAAAGCAGUGACAGAGGAGCCCACAUCGAAUACCUUCUUGAAGGUUUCUGGACUGGAAGCUGGUAGAAGCUACAUGUUCCGAGUGUUUGCUAUGAAUGCUGCAGGAGUCGGUGAGCCAUCUCUGCCAUCGGAAGAGGUGAAGGCUGAAACCAAGCCAGGCAUGAAGGAUGUUGAAAUCGGUGUGGAUGAGGACGGGUUCAUAUUCCUGGAAUUCCAAACUCCAGAGCGGAAUGAGUCUUCCGAGUUCCUCUGGACCAAGAACUACUGCAAAGCCAUAGAUCAGGGGAGGGUCAGGAUUGAAUCAAAAGAUGUCAGGUCCAGGCUUAUCUUUACCAAUCCAUCAGAACAGGACCUUGGUCUGUACACUGUGGCCAUGAGCGAUAUUGAUGACAUCUCCUCAAGUUACACUUUUACAGAUAAAGAGCUGGAAAGAUUGCUGGAGCUCAGCUGGGAAAUACGGAACCCAUUGAUCACUCUGAAGUCUAACUGGGCCGUUGAGGUGUCUGAGAAAGGAGCUGUCCGCCUCUGGUUACAGGUUGAGAAGCUGAGCUCGGCUGCGGAGCUGAAAUUAAUCUUCAACAACAAGGAGAUUUCAAGCACGGCCACACACAAGAUCAAUUUUGACAGAGCCAAUGGGAUAGUGGAAGUGUUGAUUGACAAUUUCUCUGGCGAGGAUAAAGGCUCCUACACGGCUCAGCUCAGAGACAGGCGAGCCAGGAAUCAGUUCACCUUUGUGCUCAUAGAUGACAAUUUCAAACAGGCGCUGGCUCAGUCCGAGUUUAAGAGGCGUGACUGGAAGAGAAAAGCAG